GAAGAGGGUGCUGUGCUGUGCUGUGUGAAGCCAAGUAAGCGAAUGAUAGAGAAGACUGCAAGAACAAGCUUUUGGCUUACCGUCUGAGGAAUCAAAGAAUCUUUUCAUUUUUUUUGGGUGGUGAAGAAGGGAUUUGAAGGAGUGUUACACUUACUGGGAUUUGUUUAGAUUUCUUUCUUGUGCAUGAGCAGAUGUUAAUUGACUUGGAGUUAUGUAAUUUGAAGAGAUCAUCUCCUGGGUAGUCAUUUGAACAGGAUAUUGGACAUGAGUAUGCUGGUGGGGAUAUGCUCGAGCCAAGGGAAGCUGAUAUACCUGCCCUGUUUCUGUUUUUGGUUGUGCUUCCUUUGGUUGCUUAUGUCUUACUUGGAAAAUGGAGUGAAUCUGCUAAGAAGAGAGAGAGGAUAAAUUUACUUGCUGAGCUGGCUGCUGAAGAAGCUCUUAGAGCAGAAGCAAUGGCUGUUGGUGAUGUUAUUCCUCUUGUGGCCUCUACAAAAAAUGGAAACCAUGCAUGUGCGAGGUGCUUUGGUCCAGCUACAACUCGCUGCUCCAAGUGCAAGUCUGUUAGAUACUGUUCUGGGAAGUGUCAAAUUAUUCACUGGAGGGAAGUCCACAAGCAAGAAUGCCAGCAAAUGAAAAGCACUAACUCAGGCUCACCUCUUAUGGCCGCUUCAGUUGAAGACUCUAUGUAUGAGAGGUUCUUACCUAAUGAGAGCAUGGAUUCUCUGUAUUUUGGAUACAACAUUGAGCAGGCUAUGGUGGAUAAAGAAGCUCCAGAAAAUAUAAUUUAUCCCUCAGUUAGCAAUGGCAUCUCUGCUACAAUUGAUCGUUCAGCUAGUGAUGCAUCUCAAGUGUCUGUGCCAGAGAGAAGAAGCACAGAAAAACGUGCUUCUCGUAAAUCCAACAAAGAAACAGUGAGAAGGAAGGAUAGUGUUGCACCCAAUUCUUCUAUCGAAGUCAGUGGGAGUUGGAAUGCUUAUACGACCUCAUCAAAUGUUGUUUCAUCAAAAGAGGUUUUAAAAGGCCAUAGGUCAAGAAAUACCGACUCUUUCAUAUCAGAAGAAUCUUCGACCAAGCAGAGUAUUAAUAUCUCUGAUGUUUAUAUUCAUGAACGAGCUACUCCAGGAAGUACACUGCCUGAGAAUGGUACAAAUGAAAGUCAAUAUGGGAACACAUUAGAACCAGAGAACCAUCAUGGAUUCUCUUGCUCAUCCUAUUCAUCCAAGAAUGGAUCCAAUGGGUAUGAAAUUGGGAAGGACUUUAAUCAGAAUGGUGGAAACCUACUAGAAGUGGAAACUACUUCCCAUAGUGAACAGGUUGAAUUUGAAUGUUCUCCUGAAAUGACCGCAGUAAAGGGAGGUGCUAAACCUAAAAGACCACCAUAUUCUCUUGGAAGCAAGAGUUGUAAAUUGCCAAAAUCAACUUUGAAAGAGAAGGAAGAGCACUUCUGCUCAGAGAGAGAGUGGAAGGGGCAGGUUCUCGAGUCAAAAUCCUCUAGAAUGAGGGAUGCUCCCAUGCAAGCAUGUGAUGGAGGUGCAAACACACGGAUUUUGAAGAUGAUGGGCCUAAAGAAGCCAACUAAACUUACUAGAAAAGAUGUCUCUGAAGUCAGUGGUGAUAGACACAAAACUAAGAUGCUUUUUCCUUACGAGGAGUUUGUGAAGUUCUUCCAGUGUGACGUGUUUAAUUUAUCAUAUCGUGGCCUUUUGAAUUGUGGGAACAGUUGCUAUGCAAAUGCUGUCUUGCAGUGUCUGACCUCCACAAAGCCUCUCAUUAUUUACUUGCUUCGUAGAUCACAUUCAAGAUCAUGUUGUGGUAAAGAUUGGUGUCUCAUGUGUGAAUUAGAACAACAUGUUAUGAUGUUAAGAGAAACUGGAGGCCCACUUUCGCCUAGCAGAAUUCUUUCGCACAUGCGGAGUAUCAAUUGCCAUAUUGGUGAUGGAAGUCAGGAAGAUGCACACGAAUUCUUAAGGCUUCUGAUUGCAUCUAUGCAAUCUAUAUGUUUGGAGGGAUUGGGAGGAGAAAGUAAGGUAGAUCCCAGAUUGCAAGAGACAACUUUUAUACAGCAUACUUUUGGGGGGCAUCUAAGAUCGAAGGUCAAGUGUUUGAAAUGUCGUCAUGAAUCUGAAAGAUAUGAAAACAUUAUGGAUCUUACAUUAGAGAUAUAUGGUUGGGUUGAGUCACUUGAAGAUGCAUUGACGCAAUUUACAACUCCUGAAGAUUUGGAUGGAGAAAACAUGUACAGAUGUGGAAGGUGUGCUACCUAUGUUCGAGCUAGGAAGCAGCUAAGCAUACAUGAGGCACCAAAUAUCCUGACAAUUGUUUUAAAGAGAUUUCAGGAAGGAAAAUACGGAAAAAUCAACAAGUGCAUCACGUUUCCUGAUAUGCUUGAUAUGAUUCCAUUCAUGACUGGAACGGGUGAUAUUCCUCCACUAUACUUGCUGUAUGCCGUCGUGGUGCAUUUAGAUACAUUGAAUGCAUCUUUUUCUGGGCAUUAUGUUUCAUAUGUUAAAGACUUGCAAGGAAAUUGGUUUAGGAUAGAUGACAUUGAGGUCCAGCCAGUUGCAAUGAGCCAGGUUAUGUCAGAAGGAGCGUAUAUAUUAUUUUACAUGAGGUCUUGCCCCCGACCGCAAAGAACACUUGCUGGAAGAGCCAUCCAGCAGCAAGUUCCAGAAUUCACAACUCAUUGUACAUCGAAGCCUUCAAGGUCAGGAAAAAGUAAACCCAACGGUCAAUAUGUUGGUCCAGAGUCUUUGUCCGAUGAUAUUAGAGCUGGAAUGGGUGAUGGUUUUGCUCACCACACCUCAAACAACAUCCUUAGGAGUGCAAACAGGACUGUUGUUCCAGCAAUGGAAACAAGACUCCCCAAUGGUGCGGAGUUUUCUGAUGCUACAUCAAGUGAUUGGUCUCUCUUUACUAGUUCAGACGAGGCAUCUUUCACAACUGAGAGUACCAGAGACUCUUUCAGCACUGUAGAUUAUGCUGAUACAUGCAAUGUGGAUCCAUUCUCAUCCAUCUUCCACGGUAUAUACGCACCAGAUUAUCCCCAUAAUUCUGUUUCCUGCAGAAAUUUGUUGAAUAAUAGGCCACAAACUAGAUUUAUGUCUCAGGAGAAGGAUCAUAUUUUGGACUCAUACUUGUCAUCAUCAGCACAGCCUCUUGACAGAUUACCAAAAGUUGACUAUUCACAACAGGUCAGUGAUUCUCCCACAGCAUUUUCAUCUGACAGUAACUGCGGCAUGUUUGUAAGAUAUGGGGGUAGUAACCCAGUAGAAUGGGAUUGAUCAAAUCAAACUUGUGGUCAUUGAAAGUUCUAGUUCGUAGGAAUUCCUACUGAUUGAAUAUACGAUUUAGUAGGUAGAAAGCUGUGUGCCUCAAUUUUCUUUUUCAAUAUUUUGUUGAUUGAGGCAUAUCUGGUUUAUAUCAAAUCAAGGAAAGGAAUAUUCUUGUUAGCUUUUAAAAUAUCAGGGAAAGUUGUAAAGCAUUUGUCAUUUUCUUCUUCUA